UUGUAGGCUUGUGUCCUUUUGCACCGUGGGCAGAGGAGAAGAGCUGGGUCGCUUAGCAACAGCGCAGUUUUCCGGAAGAGAGGAGGAAGCGCGUAUCUCCUCAUCCUCAUAACCUCUUCCCACAUAAACAUUAGACGGGAUGGGCUCGCUGGUGUUGGCGUUGGUGUUGAGCAUGGCGGCGCUGGUGAGCGGCCGGAGCGCGCGCGCUGACGCGGACAUUGAGCGGCUCCUGCACGGGGUGAUGGAGCAGCUCGGCAUCGCGCGACCCCGCGAGGAGUUUACUGCGCACCAAGCCGCUAAUGUAGCAGGCCCGCUCAGCAUCCAGGGUGGUGCUCACGAGGGACUUCAGCAUCUUGGCCCCUACGGGAACAUCCCAAAUAUUGUUGCAGAACUGACUGGAGACAAUGUCCCAAAAGACUUCAGCCAGGACCAUGGAUAUCCUGAUCCACCUAACCCAUGCCCUCUGGGAAAAACGGCUGCUGAUGGGUGCCUGGAGAAUUCACCAGACACAGCUGAGUUCAGCCGAGAGUUUCAGAAACACCAGCACCUCUAUGACCCAGAGCAUGACUACCCCACACUGGCCAAAUGGAAUAAAAAGCUGUUGUAUGAAAAACUGAAAGGAGGACCGAAAAGAAGAAAAAGGAACACCAACCCGUAUCUGAUGGGACAAAGACUGGACAAUGUGGUGGCUAAGAAAUCUGUGCCACAUUUCUCAGAGGAGGAAGAAAUGGAAACCACUACAAGACAAGUCUGAUUGUAAUAUUAUAAUGACAGUUACAUAAUAGAAUUGUUGUAUCUCUCUGUGCAUGUUAAAAUUAAAUCCAAUAAACCUGAAUCAUGAGAUGAAACUGA